GAGCAGCUGCUGGUGCUGGGAGGCAGCCGAGCCACUGCUCUGCUCAAGUGUCCCUGACACUUCCACAGCGCCAUCGCCCGACGCCAACGCUACCGCAGCUGCCACCGCCUGGGCUCCAAGCCACCUGCUGCCUGCUGCCAGAGAAGCGCCAUGGGCUUCUGGAAGUUCUCUCCUCUCCUGGUUCUUGGCAUCUUGGCCCUGUACCAGGUGGGCAUGCUCCAGGCAGCACCAUUCAGGUCUGCUCUGGAGAGUCCUCAGGACGCUGCUAUGCUCAAUGAGGAGGAACUGCGCCUCCUGCUGGCUGCAAUGGUGAAGGACUUUGUGCAGAGGAAGGCCAGUGAACUGCAGCAGGAGCAGGAGACCGAGGGCUCCAGUGGAUGUCUGGAACCUCAGAUGGGAGGAGAGCAAGAGGAACAGGCCAGAAGAGAAUCACGCAGGAAGAGAUGGGGGGCAGCCCUGUGCUUCCCCUGAGGAAUCACAGCACGGCUUCUCAGUCCUGCUUGUGAAUGUGUUUGCCGAUGGGGAAUAAAAGUAUAUUUCUCAAAAGACCUGAGCGGUGGUGGUUAUUGCUCUGGCCCACACCACAGGCUUCCCAGGUUCAGGGACCUGUGCUUAGAAGUAGCCUCAGCCCUGUGGUAGCUGGGUGCAGGGUGGAGUAGCUAGUCCUUGGACCAACCUCAAGUAGGAAGAACAGGAGCAGUAAAGAACAGGUAAGCACCUCGGGGACCCAACGCUGUAAAAUCGCCUUUUCUUCCAGGUAAGUCGGGGAAUUUUUGUAUUUCUAACAAGGGAUA